AUGGAUCGAUCAAUCAUUAAAGGGUUGAACGACAAACUUUAUGAUAAGAGGAAGGCUACUGCAUUGGAGCUGGAAAAAUUAGUUAAAAGCUGCGUCAUUGAGGGGGAUUAUGCUAGAAUUGAUAAGAUUAUUGAUGAGCUAUGCCGAGACUACACGUAUGCUUUGCACCAACCAAUGGCCAGAAAUGCAGGGCUUAUGGGUCUUGCUGCUACUGCAAUUGCACUGGGAACAAACGACGUUGGUAAGUAUCUGAGAAACAUUUUACCACCUGUACUGGCAUGCUUUGGAGAUCAGAAUGACCAAGUACGGUUCUACGCAUGCGAGAGUCUCUACAAUAUUGCCAAAAUUGCCAAGGGUGAGAUUCUAAUGUAUUUUAACGAGGUAUUUGACGUUUUGUGCAAAAUCAGCGCCGACACAGAGAGUUCUGUACGGGGAGCCGCAGAGUUGCUUGACCGUCUAGUGAAGGAUAUUGUCGCAGAACGGGCUGCUAAUUACGUAAGCAUCGUUAACAGCGAUCCAUCUAAGGUACCGCCUGCAGUAAAAGCAGACCCGCUGAGCGGGGAUGUUUACCAAGAAACUUAUGAACAAGACAAUAGCUUGGCUUUUUCACUACCGAAAUUUAUUCCACUCUUAACGGAAAGGAUAUAUGCCAUUAACCCUGAUACACGAGUGUUUCUUGUCAACUGGAUCAAAGUACUACUAAACACACCGGGCAUAGAAUUGAUCUCCUUUCUGCCAUCGUUUCUCGGAGGUCUAUUUACCUUUUUAGGUGAUUCCCAUAAAGAUGUAAGAGUGGUAACCAGGUCGCUGAUGGACUCCCUUUUACACGAGGUUAACAGAAUUGCUCACCUGCAAUUGGAUAUAAAGAAAAGACAACUAGAGAAACUGAAGGAAACGGAUACAACACCACAACCAGCAUCAGCAAAGAAGGUUGACGGUAGUUUAAUAGCGGAGAAAAAGAAGUCUUUACUUAAUGCACUCAGUGACCUAUCCAAAACUGAAAAGGAUUCUUCCACUUUUGGCACGGAUGGGACCACUCGCGAUCAAACGAAAAGCGAAGAUAGCCGAUUUAUCGACAAUGAGAUGAAGAUUGCAAUACAGGAGCAUAAUCUCAUUUCGGAGCCAGAAGUUCAAGAAUUAGAAUCGAGUAGGAACGGCGAGGAGUACAUUCCCGACCAAGACAUACAUUUGAAUUUUCCAGAUAUAAUUAGUAUUCUGAUCAACAAUCUAGCAUCGUCUGAACCGGAAAUCCAACUUUUAUCGUUACACUGGAUCAAUUCGAUCUUGACGAUUGCCCCAAACGACUUUAUCCCGUUUUUUUCCAAAAUUCUGUCGUUACUGCUCAAACUUUUAUGCGGUCCAAAUGUUACAAUAACGGAGGUUGCACAUGUCAUCAAUGAGAAGUUGCUACUUCUAUGCGAUAACUAUGAUCAUUUGAAGAAUAAAAACCUUUUGAAUUACGGAUCAAUUGUUAAUAGCUUAACGUUUCAGUUUUUUGAUAGCAAAGUGGAUGCCCGAUUGGCUUGCUUGGAUUGGCUCUCGUUGAUAUAUCGGAAGGCUCCUGAUGAAAUCUUAGAGCACAACGACUCAAUGUUCUUGACCCUGCUGAAAUCUUUGUCUGAAAAUGAUCCAAGACUAGUAGAGAAGGCUCUGGUUUUACUUCAAGGCUUGUGUUCGGAAUCCAACGACAAUUAUCUAAAGAAAUUUUUGGAAGAUUUUAUUACUCUACUAAAAAGAGAUCCAAAGUUGAUGAAAUCUAGGGCGAAUUAUAUCAUGAGAAAAAUAUGCGCGAGUCUCUCUUCUGAAAGAGUAUUCAAAGUACUGUCACCAAUUCUCAAUACAAAGGAUGAUCCAGUAUUUACUAGGAUGCUCAUUCAAAUAUUGAGUACCAAUCUAGUGACUGCCCCUGAGAUGCGCUCUUUGAGAACAAAGUUGAGAUGCGACAAUGACCCAGCCUUUUUCAACCUACUGUUCAAGAGCUGGUGCUGUAACCCAGUAUCUGUGAUAUCUUUGGGACUUAUUUCGGAGAAUUACGAAUUGGUUUAUUCCGUACUAACGGCAUUUGCCAAUCAUGAACUUAAAUUGAACGACCUGAUACAACUGGAUGUCUUAGUUCAGUUAUUUGAAUCUCAGGUAUUUACGAGAAUGAGACUCCAACUUUUGGAAGCACGCAAAUAUCCAUACUUGUACAAAUGCCUGUACGGAAUUUUGAUGAUACUGCCGCAAUCGAAGGCAUUCGAUGUUUUGAGCCGAAGAUUAACGAGUUGCAACGUAUGGGCGCCGCAAAUGUCUAACCCGCGCGAAUUUAUCAAACAAAGAAACGAUUCUGGAUACACCACUGACUCAGAGAGCUCUCAAAGGUUAGUAGGCCAGAAUAAAUACCGAUACGAAGAACUACUGAACUAUUUUAACAAAGUUGUCAGCGAAGAACAUCAGAGUAUGGAUAGUACCUCAUCCAAUGACAUAGCAUCUAUCGAGAUCGAUAAUUAUUUGGAAAUACCCGAUAACAAAAGCUUUCGUUCGGUUAAUCCAUUACAGUCAACUGCGACAGAUCCAGUGAUUACCGAAAUUUCCACGCCAAAUCACUCUUUUGGCGAACCAUCGGAUACAAGUUCUGUUAUAUAUAAAAAUGAAAACACGAGCCUUGCUACCAAAUGA